CUCGUCCCGAAAUCGGUAGGAUCCUUUACGAUGAUGGCCCAAUUUCUUCGCUCAUCGAAACGGUCUCAUGCGUCGACAUUCUUGCGCUUUGGCCAGUUGUGUUAUUCCACAGCUCCAUCCAAACCCUCCCUGCAGCACGUCGCGCAGCUGCGCAAACUGACGGAGGUCUCAAUCUCAAAAGCACGAGAGGCCCUCAGUCAAACUAACAACGACAUACAACAAGCCCUCGAAUGGCUGAAAAAUGAUCUCGUAGCGUCUGGCAUAAAAAAGGCCGCGAACGUCCAAGGUCGGGAAACUCGGGAAGGGCUUGUUAGUGUCUGCGUACUCUCUGGAGGCAGCAGGGGGAAAACAGCCUUGGGGGGCGGCGGUAUACGGGCAGCCAUGGUUGAAUUGAACUGCGAAACAGAUUUUGUUGGAAGAAAUACACUAUUCGGCCAACUGGCAGCGGACAUAGCUCAUACCGCUGCAUUUAUCACGGAACCAACUGACUCUUCAGCCAUCAUCAGAUCAUGUUCGCUGGACAUUCUCAACGAUGCCCCCCUAUUGUCUCAAAACAACCCCACGUCUCAUCCGUCAUCCACGGUAUCGAGCUCUAUUAGAGACCUCAUUGCCAAAGUGGGCGAAAAGGUUUCCCUGAAGAGAGCUGUGACGGUCGUGCAAAACCCAUUUUCGGGACAGUCUACCAAUCUUGGUCUCCGUCUCGCAUCCUAUCUGCACGGAUCUGUGGGCUCCGCUCCUCAAGGUCGCAUCGGGUCUUUGGCUGUGCUCGCUCUGAAAUCUCCGGAGCUUGCACACCGCCUUGAGAGCGAGACCUUCGUCAAAGAUCUAGAGCGACUUGAGCGUGCACUUGCACGGCAAAUCGCUGGCUUCAACACUCGUUUGAUCAAGUCAUCGGAUGGUGAUGAGACGGCGCUGUACAACCAACCGUUCAUGAUGCUUGGAGGGGAGAAUGAGCCGGUACGGAUGGUUCUAGAGAAGUGGAGCAAACGACAAGGUCUUGUCAGGGAUGGCGAAGAAGGAGGAAUUGAAGUCCUGGAGUUCGCCAAAUGGAGUGUAGGCGAUGUCGUUGAAUAGAUUGAUUGAUCGUACUACAUACGAUACCACCGCCUGUUGGCUCUGAUUUUGUGUGUAUACUUGGUUGAUUAUGUUUCGCGUCCUCCCACAGGACUCCAUAGCUCAGUGGUAGAGCAUACGAUUGCAGAUCGUGCGGUCCCGUGUUCGAACCACGGUGGGGUCUGCUUUUU